AUGUCAGCCGAUUUAGAAAAUCAACAACCACAUGAAGAAACCUUAAUCAUCAAUGAUAAAGGACCUGCCACUAUGAAUAGUGGUAAUAUUACUAGAGUUAAAACUGAAGGUGAUUACAUUCAUUUCGGUCAUGAAAAAUAUCUUAGAACUGAAUUAGUUGAAGCUUUUGGUGGUUCAUUUAAUCCUGGUUUAUCCCCACCACCAAAAAAUGAUUUAGCUAAUCCUGGUCCUUUAGGUUUGAGUGCUUUCGCUUUAACUACAUUUGUUUUGAGUUUAAUUAAUGUUGAAGCUAGAGGGGUUACUAUUCCAAAUAUUGUUGUUGGUUUAGCUUUCUUUUAUGGUGGAGCUAUUCAAUUAAUUGCAGGAAUGUUUGAAAUUGCUGUUGGUAAUACUUUUGGGGGUGUCGGUUUAUCUUCAUAUGGUGGUUUUUGGUGUGCUUGGGCUUCUUUAUAUGUUGAAAGUUUUGGUAUUGCUUCAGCUUAUGAAGAUCCAAAAGAAUUUGCAAAUGCUGUAGGUAUAUUUUUAUUGGGUUGGUUCAUUUUUACAUUUUUCUUAAUGUUAUUAACCUUGAAAUCUACCGUUGCAUUCUUUUCAAUCUUCUUCUUUUUACAAAUUACUUUCCUAUUAUUGGCAAUCUCGGAGUUUGCUGGGUCAACUGCGGUCAAAAAAGCCGGUGGAGUGUUUGGAUUAAUUACUGCUUUUGCUGCUUGGUAUAAUGCUUAUGCUGGUAUCGCUAAUAGUCAAAACUCUUACCUCGUAGUUAAAGCUUUACCAUUACCUGAUCUUGAAGUCAAAAAACAAAAAUAG